AUGCCCGGGUCGCCCAGUUGCGGCCGCUGCGAGAAAGCCCGCGUCCCCUGCGUCUUCAGCCCCCCCACGCGGCCGCUCCGAGCAUCCGUCCACCCAGCCCUGCUCGACUGGGCGCUGUUCCAGGACCCGGAACCGCCUUGCAUCCCAAAUGAGCUGAAUGGAGCUUGUCAAGACAGUCUCCCGUCUCUCUCAACGGCCCUUGCUCCGCCAACCGAGACCACGAGGCUUGCGGAGCUGCUGGUGGCUCUCGACCGCAUCUGGCGCUUCUUCUCGGCGGAAAAGCUGCACGACCUCCAAGGCCAGCUGCAGGCACGCGCCGACCUAGUCGGAGGGGAUACCGACUUGCGGCGUGCCUUGGAGGAGCUGCUCAGCCAUGCCCAGACAUUGUCCGGGUUGUACGUCGACGUCUUCCGUCUUGUGGCUACCGCCGACGUGGGCGGCCCCGAGGCUCCUCGAGCUCAGGCACCGCACCCUCCGCUUGAUCACGCGACGCUCAAUGUCCUCGUCGCCACCCAUCUCCGCUACCUGGACGUCCUCGACUGCCUGGUAGUGUUUGCUCGGGUAUGCGCCAGCAUGGCACCAUUGUUGCCAACCGACUACGACCCCGAUUUCGAUGUGCCCGAGAUUCGCGUCGGCUCCUUUGUCGCGCCGAAAAGUGCGGCCGCGUCCAUCUUCAUCUCCAUGCUCGUCGACCUUCAGAUCCUUUUGCUGGAGAGAAGUCGGAAACUACAGGGCUCGCUACCGCUGACUGGCCCGGAUGCCUCGAGGGAAGUCGAGAUACUACGCCUCCAGAUGGAAAGCCUGACGGACCGUGCCGACGACAGCCUGGGAGAGAUGAAGAAAUUAAAGGAGCAUUUGAUCAGGGCCGGGGCAAUCCGGUGA